UAAAAUUGAAAACAAAUGUUCGAAAAAAAAAUCUUAAAAUCAGUUAAAAUCUUAAAAUCAGUCUUCAGGCAAAGCGGUCCAUUACGUAUUCAGAACAUCACGGAAAAUUACACAGAACAAUUACUCCGUCUAUGCAGACGUAAUAACCCAUCUCUUAAUGUACUUCUACAAUGUAUCAGCACAGCUUUCACAAAUGGUGUACAAGAAAUGAAUCGUCCUCCUGUAUUAAACACUAACAAUCAAUUUUCAAACAGAAAUAUUGACCAACUGCGAAGUAAUUUGCUCGCUUCACAAAUUACAGUUCAAGAUUUUUUGGCAACUUCUGUUGACCGCUAUCAGCAGGAUUUAAUUUUGCGUGCUGUUGCCAGUGAAGCUAGUUUAAAUAUUAGAGUGCCUCGAUUAACGGAUCUGCAGGAUCCGCCUAAUGUCAUUAAUCAACGUACCUACCCAGAUAGGUUCACUCCAAGAACCUCAUCAACGGGACCGACUAUGCCAAGACAGCCUAUGUCAGCUGAAGCUGUGAUUGAUGACACGGUUGCAGGAUCAUCGGAAAAUGCGAGUGCUUUAGAUGACACUUUAAUAAUCUCAUCGGAUAGUGAUGAUGAAGAUUACUUCAUUAACUUCUUAGUAACUUCAGUGACUGAUCGCCGUGCGUCCACACCAUCUGGCUUAACUUUCAACAAUUCUUCUGCGUUUGAGCCAUCCGGUUCUAGUUCUUCGAUGGCAAAUUUGUCAAGUCGUAGGAUGUCAGAGUCUAGCCCGUCGACGUCUGGCUUAACAGUCAACGAAUCGUCUGCGUCUGCCCCCGCCGGUUCUAGCCCGGCGAUGGCAAAUUUGUCAAGUUCUAGUAUGUCACAGUCUAGUCUGUCAACGUCUGGCUUAACAGUAACUCAAAGUAACUCAGCAUGUGACGACGAAGAGAUUAUUCCGGAAGGGACAAGCAUAUGCUGCUGCUGUAGAUUUCGGGCUGCUGUCUGGGCAUUUAUUAAAUGCGGUCAUUUAUGUCUUUGCAAUGAGUGCAAUCGAAAAAUUGGAGAUCGCUGUCCACUCUGUCGUGAAAAAUCACGAAAAAUUAAAAUAUUUACCAAUCAUCCAUAGUGCAGGUUUAGAUUAAAAAAAUAAA